CCGUGGCUGCUCGAUCUCCCCUCUUUUGCGCCGCCCCCCACGGUGACAUUUGACCCCUCCUCCGAAGCCGAUGGAGAAAACCGUGGAGGAGCUCAGCGCCGCCUACGACGAGUUCGUCGCAGCCGCUGCCUCCGUGUUGGAGGCGAAGGACCAAUCCUCGGGCCAGAAAACCCCAGCUACCGACGCCGCCCUCGAGGCCUUCAAACAGCGGUGGGAGCUAUUCCGCGUCGCCUGUGACCAGGCGGAGGAGUUCGUCGAGUCAAUGAAGCAGCGGAUCGGAUCCGAGUGCCUCGUAGACGAGGCCACGGGAGCCGCUCCUUCCAAGCCCGGGAGCCUCGGCGCCGCCCCCGGGAUCCCACCGAUUAGCGCCGUCCGACUCGAGCAGAUGAGCAAGGCCGUCCGAUGGCUCGUUAUUGAGCUCCAGCAUGGCUCGGGCGCCGCCGCCUCCGCCGCAGCACAUCCCCAUGCCUCCGCCCCAUUUGAUGCCAGGUUUUCUGAGGACGCCGGACAGUAGGUAGUGCACUCAAGCCACUCCACUUCUGAUUAUACACCCACCAAGAUCCACCUUUUACGAUCUCAACUAUUUUCAGGAAUGAGUUUGACUAUCUUGGCUCAAGUAUAGGAUUCAACUCAACCUUUAAACCUAGGCAACAUGCUCUCUACUUAAAUAGAGAAUAGUAGAAGCUAAAAUCUGUUGUAUUUCGUAGCACCUUGGUGGGUGGUUUCCAUUCUAUGUUUCUUUGUGAAGUGCCUAUUUGGUGAAAAACAAAUCUCUAUCUUACUUCUGCAGCAUACUAAUUUGGUGCUCC